AUGGCGUACUCGCCGGGUCUAGGUCCCAUUCCGUUUACGCUGGCCUCGGAGAGCUUCCCACUAUCGCAUCGAGAAGCGGGAACCUCGUGGGCCAUUUCCAUCAAUUUCUUCUUUGCAGCUAUUCUCUCCUUGUUCUUCCCAAGCGUCAACUCUGCCAUCGGCCAGGCAGGCUCCCUGGGGCUGUUCGCCGCGCUCAACGUCCUGGCACUGGUGCUCGUGUUCCUGCUGGUGGAGGAGACGAAGCGGCGCAGCCUGGAAGACCUGGACCACAUCUUUGCGGUGUCGAAGCGGGACUUUAUGCGCUUCCAGGUGACGGAGAUCCUGCCGUGGUUCCUGGGCAAGGUGCUGCUGCGCAACAAGACGAAGCGGCCGCAGCUAUACAAGGACCUGAUCUGGGGCUCAUACGCGGGCGAGGGCGAUACGCGGUCGCGCAUCAUGGACGAGCUGGACGGCGUGGAGACGGUGCGGUCCUACUCGGUCGCGCAGUCGCCCUGGAGCGAGGGCGGCCCCUCGCACAUUGCCUUCGCCAUGAGCCCCAUCACGCCCGCGUCGACCGUAGACGUCGGGGGGCUGUUCGGACGGAACCCCAACGCCGUGGAGAUUGGAGACAGCAGGCCCGCGCUGGCCAAGUUGGACUCGCCGCUCGGAAGCCACCCGCCCAGCUACCAGAACGAGGAUGCGGCCAACAACGCGUCGUCGGACAGCCCCGGCGCGGCUUACGAAAACGAUUUGAAGUGCGAGUAUCGCAAGGAACAGUGA